GGGGGAACUGCGCAAUCUGAUCCUCAUUCGCACUGCGGGGCACAGGGACCUUUUGACACCCUGAUAACCUCUUUAUGAGCUGUGUGAGAAUUCCGCGGAGACAGGGCAGCCUUGAGGGGGAAGAGAUUAGGCCCUGGGGCUGGAGUGAGAGGGAAUUAGCCUGAUCCUCCAGGGGAGCUAACAGUGUGUUUAUACGGACCCGGAAACAAGCGCACACACAAGCAUGGAGACUGCCAGUCCGGGCUUAUUCCCUCCACCAGAACCUGACUGCUGUAUCAGUCACAAGCAACGGGCUCAGGAUGUGCCCAUCCCAUACCAGUCUGCCAUCCCACAGAGAGCACAGGGGAGGGCUUUGCAUCAUCACCGAAAGAGAUGAAGCCAUUCUUGCCUUCAAAUAUGAGGGACACGAGGAUGCCAUAGAGGUGCCCAUAUGCAGCUGAACCAACACAUUAUACAGCUAGGCGGUAAAGUCCUGGGCCCCAGGCUGCCGGCACAGGUCGCUGUUAGAGGCAGAGUAGCGCCGGAGAGAGUGGCAGACACCCGAUAGGUGAGGAGAAGGGGGAGGGUGGAGCGGCUGCUGGCACUGCCAGUCACAGCAGCGGAGACACAACGAGACCUCCAGUGGGGCAGCUUUGAAGUUGACUUUAUUUAAACAGAGGAGGAAGCCUCAGUAGUGACAGGGCAGGGGGAGGGGCCGGAGCUUCAGCGGCGGCAGCAGCAGCAGCAGCAACAGGUCCCUGAGAUGAGGCGGAGCUGCGGGACACGCUCACUGCCCUGACUGGCAGCCUGACACACAGCGGCACGGGGGGACAAGCGAGCCAUGAGCGCCCCACGGGAAGAGCCCGAGCUGGACUUCGACUAUCUGUUCGAGUAUGAGUACAACAAGGGCGAGCAGCUGGGCGGGACAGACAGAGAGCACUUUAACUAUGCAUCUUCCAAUUUAAGUGCCAGUCUGUCACUGGGUGUGACGAAUUCUUCAUUAUCCAACCCAUGCCAUGGCCUUCAGUCAUCAAACCCAGUCAUUUCCAUUAUUCCAUCUUCAAGUCAUCCGCCUGGAUAUGGAGGGAAUCUAGACAGUGAGGCCACUGGAUAUUAUCUUUCUCCUAGCAUAAGACCUGUUGGACCCCCAGCAUUAGAAAGUCCCAGAAUUGAGAUCACAUCAUGCUUAGCAAUGCAUCCUAACCAUAACCAGUUUUUUAAUGAACCAGAUAUUGAGGAAGCCAUACCACAAGCAAAGAGAAUACAUUCUACAGCAACUCUGAACUUGCCAAAUGUUGACACUUACCGAGAUCCAUCUUGCUUAAGUCCUGCAAGCAGUUUGUCUUCCAGAAGCUGUAAUUCUGAGGCUUCUUCUUUUGAAUCAAAUUACUCUUAUCCAUUUACUUCCCCGCAGACCUCUCCAUGGCAGUCACCAUGUGUCUCUCCCAAAACCACUGAUCCUGAGGAAGGAUACCAGAGGAGUAUGGUAACCUGCACUUUGCUUAGCUCACCUAGGCAUUCUCCAUCUACAUCACCCAGGACAAGCAUUUCAGAGGAAAAUUGGUUAAAUGCCCCAAGUUCACGCCCCUCUUCUCCAUGCAUCAAAAGAAAAUACAGCCUAAAUGGUCGUCAGACAUCAUACUCACCACACCACUCACCAACUCCAUCUCCUCAUAAUUCCCCACGUGUUAGUGUAACAGAUGAAACCUGGUUGGGAAACACUCAUCAGUAUACCAGUUCUGCUAUAGUUGCAGCAAUCAAUGCCCUUACAACUGACCCAACAGACAUGAAUGAUGGCAUUCCAAUAAAAUCUAGAAAAACAGCAGCAGAUCAUACACCCAACAUGUCUCUUAAGACAGAGCCUGUUUGUGAUGACCAUAGCACGAUGUCAUCAACUAAUGACUUAUCACCAGAUGACUAUUCUGGAUUUCAUCACAUAAGGAAAGGAAAUUUCUGUGAUCAAUAUUUAUCUGUUCCACAGCAAUCCUAUCAGUGGGCCAAACCAAAGAAUAUAUCUCCAACAUCCUAUCUGAGCCCCUCUCUGCCUGCCCUUGACUGGCAUUUGCCAUCCCAAUCAGGGCCAUACGAACUUAGGAUUGAAGUGCAGCCCAAAUCCCACCACAGAGCUCAUUAUGAGACGGAAGGAAGUCGAGGGGCUGUGAAGGCAUCCACAGGAGGACAUCCCAUUGUGCAGCUACACGGUUACUUAGAAAAUGAGCCGCUCACUAUCCAGCUGUUCAUCGGUACUGCAGACGAUCGCCUGCUGCGGCCCCAUGCUUUCUACCAGGUCCAUCGCAUCACCGGCAAGACCGUUUCCACCACAAGCCAUGAAACAAUCAUCUCCAACACCAAGGUCUUGGAAAUCCCACUCCUGCCUGAGAACAAUAUGAGAGCCAUUAUUGAUUGUGCUGGGAUUCUGAAGCUUCGCAAUUCAGACAUCGAACUAAGAAAAGGUGAAACAGAUAUUGGAAGGAAGAAUACAAGAGUCCGCUUAGUGUUCCGUGUUCACAUUCCACAAGCCAAUGGGAGAACUCUUACUCUGCAAGUGGCAUCAAACCCAAUAGAAUGUUCUCAGCGAUCUGCUCAGGAAUUGCCAUUGGUGGAGAAACAGAGCACUGACAACUUUCCAGUGAUUGGUGGGAAAAAAAUGAUAUUGAAUGGACACAACUUCCAUCCAGACUCCAAAGUCAUUUUUGUAGAAAAAGCACCAGAUGGCCAUCAUGUUUGGGAAAUGGAGGCAAAAACUGACAAAGAAAUGUUUAAGCCGAAUACUCUAGUUGUAGAGAUUCCACCUUUCCGCAACCAGAGAAUAUCCAGUCCAGUUCAAGUAAAUUUUUAUGUCUGCAAUGGGAAGAGGAAAAGAAGCCAGUACCAGAUUUUCACCUAUCUGCCAGCCAAUGUUCCAAUUAUAAAAACAGAGCCCACUGAUGAUUAUGAGUCAGCUCAAACCUGUGUCCCAAUGAGCCAAGGAUUAACCCAACUCUCAAAGCCAUACUACAGCCAACAGAUCAUGAUGCCCCCUGAUCCUGGUUCGUGCCUUGUGUCUGGCUUCACUUCCUGUCAGCAAAGAAACACUGUGAUGUCAUCUUCUCCAAUAUCAAGCCCCAAGCUUCAUGACCUGUCUGCAUCUGCCUACAACAAAUGUAUCUCGAAUCCAGGUCAUACUCAGCUAGGACUACAGCAGACCACUGGCGGUGUCCCCACAAUACAAGAAGUGCCACGAUCAAUAGUUGGGCACCCAAGUUCACCUGACCAGUCGUCCCCCAUCAUGCUGCAGCCGCAGGUGAGUCUCCAUCAGAGCAGUAGCUGUCCCCUUGGUUUUCAACAAACAGUAUAUCCCAACAGUCCCUCUUCACCAGUUCCAUCUAUUACCCAAGAGCCAUCAUAUUUGCAGCCCUGCAGUCCAACUCACUCAGCAGUAAUCGGUCAGCCGCAGCACCAACAUCAGAAGGUUCAGAGAAAUGAAUCUCCAAACAGUCAACCACUGUCACUGCCAGAGUUGCAUGAGGACAGUAAUCAUAAUUUGGCCCCUAUUCCUGUAACGAUCAAGCGUGAACCUGAGGAAUUGGAUCAGUUGUACUUGGACGAUGUAAAUGAAAUAAUAAGAAAUGACCUCUCCAGCAACAACAAUGUACAUUCAUAGCUUUGACAAUCGUGGACUUCAAAAUACAAAACAGAAUAUUGCGGAUUGCAGUGAAUUGAAAAUGUUUAUUGGACUCACAGUGUCACAUGGCACACUCUUCUGCCUUAGAACUGAAGUCCAAGUCGCCAACAUUGCUGAUUUGUUGGCUCGUCAAGAGAUUCUCUUUUUGAAGAAUUAUCAUCUCAAGCUAAGCAAGGAGGAAUGAACUGACUGAUCAUGUAUUUUAUGGAAAAUGACUGAAAUACUUGACAAAAGCAGAUGGCCUGGAAGCACGACUGAUCUUUUUGGCACCACUGGAUGCCAGAAGUGCCUUAAAUGUUCAUAUUUGCGGCAUUAGGAUGUUUCAAAUGCUUUCUGUUUGCUACCAAAAAAAGUAUUGUAGGUGCAAAAACAUUAGAGAAAAAACCACAAAGCAACUCCAUCCACUGCUUGCUGUACCAAUGGAGGCAACACGGCUGUGGGAAGAGAGGGGCAGAUAUUAGUACAUGUAAAUGAUAUGACCGAGCUCUGUGGAUGCUGCAAGUAAUAUUGUAUUGCCUUAAUCCCCGCACCUCACACAAGGGACGGGUGAAACACAGUUUUGUGUCUCUUUAUUCUGUACCUAAUUUGUUAUAGAAAAUCCCUUACAAACAGCAUGUUAGAGUAUUAGAAAGGAACCCAACCACAUAGGAGAAAAAAGCACAAUGAUCCUUGGAUAGCUUAGGUGUAUUUUUAGACUACAUAUGCAGCACUAACAUGGUCUAGUAUUUAAAUUGAAGGCAAUAGCCAAUAGCAAUACUUAAUCUCAUAUAGAUCCUAAAAAUAUAGAUUUAUUUUAGAAUGUCGGCUGUUUCUAGACAUGCAGCUUUAUUUAUUCUGUUAAUGCACAGCGGAAAAACAGUGUAUGCAGCCCCUCUGUUUAGUAGACUCUCUGGACUGGGACUUUCUGCUCAGUAAUGACAACAACAGGAAAAUAAUGAAAAAAAUCAUUUUGGGCAGUCUAUAAAUAUAUUUUUAGUUUGGGUUAGUAUAGUAGAAGGAGCCCUAGAGGCAAAAGUUGUACUGUGAUGGUAACCCUGAUUAAAUAUAUCAUACCCAGAGCAUUAACACCGUUUUCAACUACAGGUCCCCGAAUCUUAAGCUAGACUCACUCAGAGGAUGGGGAUAAUGGUUCCUAACAGUCAGAGGGUCACAGAUUUCACAUUCCAACAGUGUAUAUAGAUUUAUGGAUGGAAAUUAUAUGUUCUAAGUCAUUAAAGCAACACUCCUAUUUCCCCAAAGGCAUUGACCACCUAGUAUGAUUGUUUGUUCGCUCUGCCGUCCAUGUGUACUCAGUUAACAGGCUCCGCCCACCUAUAUGGCAUGAUUCUAUUUGAAUGUGACACCUAAUAUUACUGAAUCAGUAAAGGCAAGACCUAACGACAAAGAACAGACUGUGUAGCCGAUACAUGGAACUGAUCUGUUUUGCUGUUCAGUUAAUAGUGUUAAAAAGCCAUUUUACAAAAGAAUUUGGUGGGUCUGCCUGAUACAAAGGAAUUUUGUAUAGGAAAGCAAGCACUUUAGACAAGUUGCAUAAAAAGCACCAAACGAGUAAAUAUAAACUGUACAUAGACAACUAGAUUGUAAAUAUUUGUUUGUUUCCAGGAUUGCUAUUCCACAAAGGCCUUAUUCUGACUCUGUGCUUCUCGUAGGGAAGUCUUACCAAAAACAAUGGCUGAAAAUGCAGUGCUAUGUGAUAUCUGUCCAUAUUAGUUCAUCCAGUUUGGAGUAAUUUGCAGGUAUUUAGUAUGACUCUGCUUGUUGACUAUUGUACAAGUUGCAGCUUAAUAUAUCACUAGUGAUGAAUCUUUACUUUAUAUAACCCAGGGGCAUUCAACCUGCGUCCUUUCUGGUAUUGUUCAAGUAAAACUUCCAGAAUCCCGGCUGUGGGAUGCUGUGAGGGUUAGUUGUACAACAGCUGGAAUACUGAGGGCCGCUUGUCCCUGAUGCAACCAAACUAGCAUGGUCUAAAUAAAAACAUGUACUUGUUGUGCCUUAGUAAUUAAUGCCCUCUUCUGGAAAAAUGCCUGAAUUGCAAACUGAUAGUGAGGUAACUGGCUUAAAUAAAUAUGUGUAUAAUGUCUUAUGUUCUGAAAAACACAAGCCAUAUUUCAGAUUUGCACACGACUGUGAUAAUAUAAACCGACAAUAUGGCUUUAUGUACAAAAUAGGCUGUUAGUUAUUGGAAUAACUUUUUAUUUCUCACGUGUAAUCAAGGAUGUUUACCCAUUACAUAGUACUAUAGAAUGUGCAUGAUGUAUGUAUAAUAGUUUACCAAGUAGAUAAUUCAGUGGUCAAAGAUGAAGCUUGCUGGCUAUUCCUGAACAAUAUCCAAUAAAGCAAUAUUUUGGAGCCAGUA